AACGCGUUCGCUUCUCGAUCUUCACUCCCGUCGUGUUCUCGCCUCACGACACAAGCUGAAGCAAAGCACCAUCCCAGCCAGCUCCCUAUAUAUGCAGCAUUCGAUUGUUCCCUGCCCCACUCAUCUCAUCACCAGCUCCAUUAACCGAACAGAUCUUCCUUAGCAAAAGCAAGAGAGCAGAGCAUCAGGCAGCCUUCGCGGUCUUUGUUGCUUGCUCCAUUCCGGCGGGCAGUGCCACUACAUGACUACAAUGGCGACGCCUAAGGCGUUGAGGAAGGCGUCGAUCGGCGGCAAGGCGUGGCGGCUGCUGCGCCUGGCGGUGCUCUGGGCGCGGAAGGGGAGCGCGGCGCGCAGCCUCCGCCUGCUCAGGACCCUGCGCCACGGGGGGCGCAAGGACCAGCUCCGGUACGGCGAGCGCGAGUUCUCCAUCGACGAGACGCCCGCGUUCCGGUUCCGCACCCCCUCCGCGCGCGUGCUCCGCUUCAUCCCCUGCAUCGCCCCCGCCUUCGUCCCGGACACCCCUUGCGUCUACGGCGAGGACCGCUACUUCUUCUGCGACGACGCCCGCGAGAGGGACGACGAAGAGGGCUGCGCCGGGGACUACUACGAGGAUGGUGAGCCGAGCGAGUGCGGCGUCGAGGAUGAGCAGCUGCUCGAGCGGGCGAUGAUGGAGGCCAGCUGUGGGGACGCGGCGGAGGGCAGCGAGGACGCCGGGGUGGACGUGAAGGCGGACGAGUUCAUCGCCAAGUUCUACGCGCAGAUGAAGCUGCAGCGACAGAUCUCCUGGCUGCAGUACAACGAGAUGAUGCACAGGAGUGUCUGCUAGAUAGUGCGCGCUUAGUUAUAUUUCUGCGAACAGAUACUCAGUUUUGGCUCAGCUUCAGCAAUACAUACAUAGUUUAUACUUC